CGACAGUCUAUCUAUAAGCCUCGAUAUCUAUAUCUAAUGCAGCUAUCACCAUUUCUCCUUUCCAACUUCUAGCUUUCAUCUCUUCCGAACCAUCGGGGGUCUGAAGAGAUAUUGCAUACCGUCCAGCCAUGGACGUCCAGAACAAAGAGGCCAUAUUGGCCCCAGAAGUAUCCCCAUCUGCUACGCCUCUGGAUCUCGAGCAACAACCCAGUAACGAACCACCGUCCAGUGUUCAUGCAUCGGCCUUCAAAAAUCUCGGCAUCCUCGACCAGUUCCUUGCACUAUGGAUCUUUCUGGCCAUGCUCACGGGCAUUCUGCUGGGCAAUUUCGUCCCCGGCACUGGCCCUGCCCUCCAAAGAGGUGAAUUCGUCGGCGUUUCGAUCCCAAUAGCGAUUGGAUUACUGGUCAUGAUGUAUCCUAUUCUGUGCAAGGUCAGGUUUGAGACAUUACAUCACUCCUUUCACGAAAGGACCCUAUGGGUGCAGAUAGCUUUCAGCGUCUUCGUCAACUGGAUAAUAGCACCUCUAUUCAUGCUGGCCCUGGCCUGGGCCUUCCUCCCUGACGAACCCGGCCUCCGCGAUGGGCUCAUCCUGGUUGGAAUCGCUAGAUGCAUUGCUAUGGUUCUGAUUUGGACAGGUUUGGCUGGUGGCGACAACGAGUACUGUGCUAUACUGGUCGCUAUCAACUCUCUCCUACAAAUGGUCCUCUUUGCCCCACUGGCCCUGCUUUUCAUCGACGAUAUCAGUCACUCCGCCGAUGGGGUCGAUGUUGACUAUGCCCCGGUCGCGAAGAGCGUCGGCGUCUUCCUCGGGAUACCUCUCGCCGCUGCCAUCGUCACCCGCUUUAGCCUUCGAAAUCUCGUGGGCAAAGACUGGUACGAAAAAAGAUUCCUGAAAUGGAUUGGACCGCUGUCAUUGAUCGGCCUCCUCUUCACAAUCAUCGUCCUGUUCGGAUCCCAAGGCCGCCGUGUGAUCCACCAGAUCGUAUCUGUUGUAAGAGUUGCCGCUCCGCUCAUCGUGUACUUUGCAGUCAUAUUCCUAUCGACGCUCCUAGUCACCAGGAGACUCGGUUUCGGAUACAGACUCGCCUGCACCCAGAGCUUUACAGCGGCGAGCAACAACUUUGAGCUGGCCAUUGCUGUCGCCAUCGCGACAUACGGUGUCGACAGUGACCAAGCUCUGGCGGCAACUGUAGGCCCUCUUAUCGAGGUGCCAGUUCUGCUUGGGCUUGUGUAUGCAGUCAGGUGGUUUGGCAGCCGCAAAAAUUGGGCGGCAUAGGAGCGACGCAUGCCACCAAGAAUGGAAACACCUUCUUUUAAUCGCGUUUCGGUCUAGCAUCCAUCUCUUGCAAUAUCUCGAGCAGAAGCUGGGCGUUGACUCGACAGCCCGAUUCCCCGGAUCUCGGAAGACUGAAGGCGGUGGCAAGGCGCGCCUCGAUUUCCUCCAUCUCCGUGGGAGUUGGGUCGUACUGCUCGAUCAUCCCUUUGGCGAUCAGACAUUGCACGGUGUUUGUGUUCUCUGGUAGAAGUGGUCCAUUUGCCGGGAUUCCGAAGGCGUCGCAACGGAAAGUCUCGUCGGGGAAUGCAGGAGGAUCCUGACUGUCAGGGCGAUGCGUCCAUUCAAACGAACUGAAUGGGGACAUUGAGGCGAUCUCAGGAAGACUCGUUGCAGGCACAUUGGAAGCAUCCACGUAAGGCGGACACUGCUGUCCGUCGUAGCCAUGUAGAGAAUCGGGCGGCAGCGCAGGCGUCGGGGAACAGAGCGAUGCUGAACUAGAGAUUGUGGGACAACACGAUCCCGCUCCCGCUCCUAACUCCUGUUGAAU